CCUGUGCUUUAAAAAACACUCUCUUGAGAGCCGAUCGAGGGUUCAUCAAUUUGGAUUUCUUGGAACCGUUUGAGGGAGAGAGGGGCCUGAUUCCGAUCUCUGCGAAGGAGGGUUUCCUGAGUCCGAUCACCUGAGCUGUUGGAACUUCCAUUCUUCAUAGCUAAAAUGCUACAAUGUCAACCAAAUGAAAGCAGAUAUGAAAAUUCCCAGUUGCCUAUAGCCGAGUUAACGACGGCAGUUCCACAAUUGUUUGUUGGUGUACCCUAGUGAUUGGAAUUUGAGCUAUCCAUGGCCUUCUCCUCCGGCAUCGGCAAUGGCCGACGGGGAUGAUAGGCCAACUCUCUCCUCCCAUAUUCAUCUAAUUCAACUAAUUCGAAGCUUCCCAGGAAGUCCCGGCGGCGAGUGUCUGUUCAUGAUUUCAUCUCCGCUAACUUCUUCACUGUUGGCCUCUCGAUCUCCGUUCUCUUCUUCAUCGCUAUCAUCUUCCGCUAUGGUAUCCCAAAACCUCUCUCUACUCCUUUCAGACCCAAAAAUUUCCUUCAGUCCAAGUUCAGAAAACCAGUUAAUCGAAAGCCCGCUUUGUUGGUCGCUUCCGUUGCUGUUGUCGAUAUCACGACUAAGGAUCUCUAUGAUAAGGUCGAGUUCCUGAAUGUGGAUGAAGGCCCCUGGAAGCAGGGUUGGAGGGUGACUUACAAGGGCGACGAGUGGGAUUCAGAGAAGCUGAAGGUUUUUGUGGUUCCGCAUUCGCAUAAUGAUCCUGGUUGGAAGCUCACUGUCGAAGAGUACAAUUGUAGAGACUCUGUCCAAGGGAAAGCCCAGCUGCCGAAGGGCCGAAGCUCUCUUCAGAACUCCACUCAAACAGGUUGAAUAAAGAUGGCCGAUCAUCGGAAUGGAAAUAUUAAGGCUUCGGAUGGAAACGCUUCUGCUGCGGCAGCAUAUACCAUCAAUCUCGAGAACUUCAGUAAACGGCUGCAAAUUUUUUAUUCUCACUGGAAGGAACAUAGAACUGAUCUAUGGGGUUCAUCGUAUGCUAUUGCUGUUGCAACACCUCCUGCUUCCGAGGAUUUAAGGUACCUCAAAUCCUCGGCGCUCAACAUUUGGUUGCUUGGUUACGAGUUCCCUGAGACCAUUAUGGUUUUUAUGAAGAAGCAGAUUCAUUUCUUAUGUAGUCAGAAGAAGGCCUCUCUGCUUGAUGUUCUUAAGAAAUCAGCAAAGGAAACUGUGGGUGCCGAAGUUGUGAUGCAUGUUAAGGGGAAAAGUGAUGAUGGAACUGCUCUGAUAGAGGAGAUAUUUCGGGCUGUCCGUGCUCAGUCUAAAUCCGAUGGACAUGAAUCCCCUGUUGUUGGGCACAUUGAGAAGGAGGUUCCUGAAGGUAAUCUGUUGGAGAAAUGGAGUGAAAAACUAAAGAAUUCCAGUUUCCAGCUUACUGAUGUAGCCAGUGGUUUCUCUGACUUCCUUGCUGUCAAGGACAACACCGAGAUCACAAAUGUGAAGAAAGCAGCUUUCUUGACCGCUUCUGUGAUGAAACAUUUUGUGGUCCCGAAACUUGAGAAGGUCAUUGACGAGGAGAAAAAGAUCUCUCAUUCUUCAUUAAUGGAUGAAACUGAGAAGGCAAUUCUGCAACCUGCAAAGGUUAAGGUAAAGCUUAAAGCGGAGAAUGUUGAUAUCUGUUACCCACCCAUCUUUCAGAGUGGGGGAGAAUAUGAUCUCAGGCCUAGUGCUUCAAGUAAUGAUGAGAAUCUGUAUUAUGACUCAACAAGUGUAAUCAUAUGCGCUAUUGGAUCUCGUUAUAACAGCUACUGCUCGAAUCUUGCCAGGACUAUUCUGAUUGAUGCGAAUGCAGUGCAGAGCAAGGCUUAUGAAGUUCUUCUUAAGGCUCAUGAAGCGGCAAUUGGUGCAUUAAAGCCAGGGAACAAGGUCAGUGCAGCCUACCAAGCAGCCCUGUCAGUGGUCGAGAAGGAAGCUCCUGAAUUAGCUCCAAAUUUGACAAAAUCUGCUGGUACUGGUAUUGGUCUUGAGUUCCGGGAAUCAGGUUUGAGUCUGAAUGCGAAGAAUGAUCGAGUAUUGAAGGCAGGAAUGGCUUUCAAUGUUUCUCUUGGGUUUCAGAACUUGCAAGCACAGACCAAAAACCUAAAGACGGAAAAAUUCUCACUGUUGCUGGCAGACACUGUUAUCAUCAACGAGAAGCAAACAGAAGUUGUGACGUCUAUCAGCUCAAAAGCUGUCAAAGAUGUGGCUUAUUCUUUCAAUGAAGAUGAGGAGGAGGAAGCAGAACAACCAAAAGUAAAAUCUGAAGCCAAGGGCAAUGAACCCUUGUCAAAGGCAACACUUAGGUCAGACAACCAGGAGAUGACGAAAGAGGAGCAACGGAGGCAGCACCAGGCAGAGCUUGCUCGCCAGAAGAAUGAAGAGACUGCCAGGAGGCUGGCGGGCAGUGGGCCUGUAACAGGUGAUGCUCGUGGUGGAUCAAGAGCUCUGGGUGAUCUUACUGUUUAUAAGAAUGUCAAUGACAUUCCCCCUACCAAGGAAUUGAUGAUUCAGAUUGACCAGAAGAAUGAGGCAGUUCUCUUGCCGAUUUAUGGAAGCAUGGUUCCUUUCCACGUUGCCACCAUCAAAAGUGUGAACAGCCAACAAGACAGUAAUAGGUCUUGGUAUGUCCGUAUAAUUUUCAAUGUACCAGGGACCCCAUUCAAUCCCCAUGAUACAAACUCUCUAAAGUUCCAAGGGUCUAUCUAUUUGAGGGAGGUCUCAUUCCGUUCCAAGGACUCCAGGCAUAUCAGUGAAGUGGUGCAGCAGAUCAAGACUCUACGGCGGCAGGUUACAUCAAGGGAAUCAGAGAGAGCUGAAAGGGCCACCUUGGUCACUCAGGAGAAGUUGCAGUUAGCAGGGGGCAGAUUCAAGCCGAUAAGGUUGACAGACCUGUGGAUCCGUCCUCCCUUUGGAGGUCGGGGAAGGAAGCUCCCUGGUUCUUUAGAAGCCCAUGUAAAUGGGCUCCGCUAUUCCACAUCGAGACCGGACGAGCGCGUUGACGUCAUGUAUGUUAACAUCAAGCAUGCUUUCCUCCAGCCUGCUGAGAAAGAGAUGAUCACCUUACUGCAUUUCCACCUGCACAACCAUAUUAUGGUGGGGAACAAGAAGACAAAGGAUGUCCAGUUCUAUGUUGAGGUCAUGGAUGUUGUCCAGACUCUGGGUGGAGGGAAGAGGUCUGCAAAUGAUCCAGAUGAGAUUGAGGAGGAGCAGCGGGAAAGGGAUCGGAAGAACAGGAUCAACAUGGACUUCCAGAACUUUGUCAACAAGGUGAAUGACCUCUGGGGACAGCCCCAGCUUAAGGGGCUUGACCUUGAGUUUGACCAGCCGCUGAGGGAGCUUGGUUUCCAUGGGGUUCCCCACAAGGCGGCAGCUUUCAUCAUUCCAACUACAAGUUGCCUGGUUGAGUUGAUAGAGACACCUUUCCUGGUGGUAACGUUGAGUGAAAUUGAGAUUGUGAACCUGGAGAGAGUUGGGCUUGGACAGAAAAACUUUGACUUGACUAUUGUAUUCAAAGACUUCAAGCGGGAUGUCCUCCGGAUUGACUCCAUUCCAUCUUCAUCACUUGACAGCAUCAAGGAGUGGCUCGACACAACAGACCUCAAGUACUACGAGAGCAGACUGAAUCUGAACUGGCGGCCUAUAUUGAAGACAAUCACUGAUGACCCUGAAAAGUUCAUUGAGGAUGGGGGGUGGGAAUUCCUGAACAUGGAAGCAAGUGAUUCAGACUCAGAUAACACGGAGGACACUGACCAAGGCUAUGAGCCAUCCGACGUGCAGUCUGAAUCGGUUUCUGAUGAUGACAAUGAUGAUAGUGAGUCGCUGGUAGAGUCAGAGGAUGAAGAGGAGGAGGAUUCGGAGGAAGUCUCAGAUGAGGAGGAGGGGAAGACGUGGGAGGAGCUGGAGAGGGAGGCAAGCAAUGCAGACAGGGAGAGAGAUGAAUCUGAUAGUGAGGAGGAUAGGAAGAGAAGGAAGAUGAAGGCUUUUGGUAAGGGUCGGGUCCCUGAUAGAGGUGUCCCUCCAAAGAGGGCUAAGUUGAGGUAGAACUUGAUGGAGCUUUAGUCCUUUUUCAGGAAAACGGGAGGUAAACUGUAGGAGCAGCGGUAGAACUGGUGGCAGCAAUGGCAUUAGAGACAGUAGAUGGUGCCUGUAUUUCUUAGCUGCUAUGAACCUUGUUGAAGAUCUAAUAGGGGUCCUCUGUCUUGUUUCUUUAUUUUGGCUGUUGAAUAGAACCAUAUAUGGACUUGGGUUUGUGUUUGAUGAC